AUUCUAUUGUUGAUUAGCGUUAGCUUAAGUGUUGUAAAACACUGGUCCAAAGAAGGAAGCUGUAUCACUUGACAGGUCUCUGCUAAGCCACAUGUGAAGAUGAGCGUCCCAGACUACAUGCAGUGUGCCGAGGACCACCAGACAGUGCUCGUGGUGGUCCAGCCGGUCGGCAUCGUACCCGAGGACCAGUUCUUCAAGAUCUACAAGCGCAUUGCCAGCGUGAGCCAGGUGAGCAUCAGGGACUCGCAGCGCCUCCUCUACAUCCGCUACCGCCACCACUACCUUCCUGAAAACAACGAGUGGGGGGACUUCCAGACGCACCGCAAGGUGGUGGGCCUCAUCUCUAUCACCACCUGCGCCACGGCUAAAGAGUGGCCUCAGACUGCCGAGCGCUUCCACGGCCAGAAGGAGGUGUACAGCUCCACCCUCUACGACUCGCGGUUGCUGGUGUUUGGGCUGCAGGGAGAGAUCGCAGAGCAGCAGCGGACAGAUGUGGCCUUCUACUCCAGCUUUGAAGACUGCCCAGAUGUGGAGAAGAGGGUGGACGACUUUGUGGAGUCCAUAUUUAUAGUUCUGGAGUCAAAGCGUCUUGACCGAGCCACAGACAAGUCAGGUGACAAGAUACCACUGCUCUGUGUUCCCUUUGAGAAGAAGGACUUUGUGGGUUUGGACACGGAUAGCAGGCAUUAUAAAAAGCGCUGCCAGGGGCGGAUGAGGAAGCAUGUAGGGGACUUGUGUCUCCAGGCAGGCAUGCUGCAGGACGCCCUGGUCCACUACCACAUGGCUGUAGAGCUGCUCAGGGGGGUUAAUGACUUCCUCUGGCUGGGUGCUGCGUUGGAGGGUUUGUGUUCAGCUUCUGUCAUAUUCCACUACCCUGGAGGCACAGCGGGGAAGACUGCAGGACGCAAGCCAAGCAUCUCUCAGCCAGCAGACGCAGGGAAACGCCACAGACCAGGGGCUCAGGAGGUUCUCAUUGACCCAGGUGCCCUCACAGCCAAUGGCAUCAGUGCAGACACCAGCACUGAGAUUGGACGAGCAAAGAACUGCCUGAGUCCUGAGGACAUUAUCGAGAAGUACAAAGAGGCCAUCUCCUACUAUGGAAAGUAUAAGAACGCAGGCGUCAUCGAGCUGGAGGCCUGUGUGAAAGCGGUGAGGGUGCUGGCCAUUCAGAAGAGGGCCAGGGAGGCCUCUGAGUUCCUGCAGAACGCUGUUUACAUCAACCUGGGACAGUUAUCAGAGGAGGAGAAGAUCCAGCGUUACAGCAUCCUCUCCGAGCUCUACGAACUGAUCGGCUUCCAUCGCAAGUCUGCCUUUUUCAAGCGUGUCGCAGCCAUGCAGUGUGUGGCUCCCACCAUCCCAGAGCCUGGCUGGAGGGCCUGCUACAAGCUGCUGCUGGAGACGUUGCCUGGAUACAGCCUGUCACUUGACCCUAAGGACUUCAGCAAAGGUACCCACCGAGGCUGGGCUGCUGUUCAGAUGCGCCUCCUACAUGAGCUGGUGUACGCCUCCCGUCGCAUGGGCAACCCCGGCCUGUCUGUUCGCCACCUGUCCUUCCUGCUGCAGACCAUGCUGGACUUCCUGUCUGAUCAAGAGAAGAAAGAAGUGACCCAGAGUCUGGAGAAUUACACCUCCAAGUGUCCAGGUGGAAUGGAGGUCAUCACCCUUCCUGAUGGCUUGAAGCUCCCUCCGGUGCCCUUUACAAAGCUCCCCAUUGUCCGGUCUGUGAAGCUCCUCAAUUUGCCCGUCAGUCUGCGUCCUCACAAAGUGAAAGGCCUGCUGGGACAGAAUAUGUCCACCGCCAGCCCCUUCAUCUACUCACCAAUCAUCAUGCACAACAGAGGAGAGGAACGCUGCAAGAAGAUCGACUUCCAGUGGGUUCAAGGAGAUGUCUGUGAGGUUCAACUCAUGGUCUACAACCCCAUGCCUUACGAACUUCGUGUGGAGAACAUGGGUUUGCUGACAUCUGGAGUCGAGUUUGAAUCCCUGCCUGCUGCGCUGUCCCUGCCUGCAGAGUCUGGCCUGUACCCCGUCACUCUGGUUGGUGUCCCACGCACAGCUGGCAACAUCACUGUCAAUGGUUACCACACAUCAGUGUUUGGGGUGACCAGUGAUUGCCUGUUGGAGGGCCUGCCCAGUGUGAAGACUAGUGGCUGUUUGGUGGAGGUCAUUCCCUCCCUUCCUCGUCUUCAGCUCAGCACAUCACUACCACGGUCAGCUCACACACCUCACCCGACGUCCAAAGAGGAACUGUCCACCACUGUGUCCGUCCAGCUUUUCAACGGAGAGACCCAGCAGCUGACCAUCACCUUGGAGAACAUUGGAUCUGAGGACAUCGAGACUCUGGAGCUCACCUCUAAGAUUAUCAGCACCAAAGAGAAGGUGUUUGGGGAGUUUCUGAGCUGGGAGCUGGAGGAUGCUCUGUCUCACCUGCCUCUAAAGCCUGGUCAGGCUGUGACACUGACUGUCAGCAUCAAAGUCAAGCUGGACUUCUCUGGUCAGGAGAACCUGCUGCAGGACCUCAACGAUGAUGGAAUCAGUGUGACAGGCCUGCCCAUCUCCAGUCCGCUGCGCCAAGUCCUCAAACCCAGGGCCGAGACCAAGAACGUGGGCAGUGAGUCCGGCAAGGCAGAGUACAGCCAUAUUAAGACUUUGGAAGCAGUGCUGAACUUCAAGUACUCGGGGGGAGCAGGCAAAGUGGAGGGCUACUACAGGGAGCUGUCUUUGGGUGUCCAUGUUGACGUGGAGCCAUCUGUGUUCUUCACCAGAGUCAACACCCUCCCUGCAACCAGCACCCGCCAGUGUCAUCUGCUGCUCGAUAUCUUCAACCCAACGGAGCAUGAGCUCACCGUCAGCGCCAAGAACAACCAGGACCUGGUUCUCCAUGCCAGCGAGUGCCAGAGGAUGGCCAUCCAGGUUGACAAGUUUGACUUUGAGAGUCUGCCACAGCCAGACCAGGAGACAGCUCGCUUCACUAACCCCAAACAGCUGGAGGAGGAGCGACAGCAUGCCCAGGGCUGCCAGAUCAACAGCAAGCUGGGCAUCUGUUGGAACAUCCCUUCCCUGCGGCGCCAUGGAGAGGCCAGCGUGGAGGGAGUCCUCAACCAGCUGGUCCUGGAGCACCUACAGCUUGCACCUUUGCAGUGGGAUGUGUUGGUGAAUGGGAAGCCAUGUGACUGCGAUGUCAUUGCCGACUGUAAAGCAGGUGACGCUGUGACCCUGGAGGUAAAACUGACCAAUCUGAGCAAGAACUCAGUGGGCCCCCUGGCUCUGACUGUGGUGCCCUACCAGGACUACCAGAACGGAGUCCAGAACUACGAUCUGGAGGACGCGGUCACCUUCAUCGGCUCCAACACCUUCUACAUCGACACGGUUAAACCCAAAGAAAACUCCGUCUGUGUGGGCGCCCUGCUCUUCCUCUACACUGGAGACUUCUACCUUAACAUCAAGUUCCAGGAUGACAGUGCUGGACGAGAGCUUCCUUUAGCCUGGUUCACUCUGCCCAGUGUCCACAUCAGAGCCCUGGACGCUCCGCUACAAGCCGGGGCCUGAGGGCGCAGUGGCCUCCUCAUUUUAGCACCGAAUGAAAGAUGGAGAGUUUUGUUGUUGAUGUUCUCUGUAAAUACAUUAUUCUUAUGGAUUGAAUCACAUGUAAAUAACAUUUUGUUAAAGGUUACAGCAUGUGUACUGCAGAGUGCAAGGGCUCAAACUCACACAGACACACUCCUGCACAUGGUCAGUGCGUUAGUUACCAUCUAGCUAAUGAUAGAGCUGACAUCUGUACAAGUGGCUGGGCUGAUUAAAAACAGCCCACUUCUCUGUCUUUCUGAAUGCAUCUGAAAGGCUUGGACCUCCAUCACGUCAUUUCAGCAAAAUGAGUGCAAUCAGUGGUCUCACUUGUGGAGACGAAGUUCAUUUUCCUUGUGCUUUGGCAUUGAGUCUAAGGCCUAGUCCACCUUUGUUCUAAAAAAAAAAAAUCCCAUCCAAACACACUGUUAUAAAAAACAUCUCCAUCCAAGUGGAAACGCAAAAACACAACUGAAGCACCGUCAGGAGCAACGCAAAACCAACAGGCAGCGAUAUAACUGUAACCCUAAAGCCAGCAAAGAAGAAGAUGUAGACCAUUCAGAAGCCUAAAUAAAAGCAUUAACAUGCUUCAGGGAUGAUGUUUUUCUUUAGGCCGACAUGGAAGUUAGCGUCGCCCUGGUUCCCUCGUCAAAAAGCCAAUGGAAUUAUUCCAUCGGAUUUUGGAUUACUGAAGAAAAUAAGCUCUGUGGAGAAACAAACAUUUGUGGUACUUACACGAUUUGAUCAGCAAAAUAAUCUUCAAAAAUCAACCCCACUUAUGAUUUUUGAAGCCUAAAUGCAAUAGCCAAAAGUCACAUGAUUUAACAUACGUACCAAAAUGAGGCUGUAAAGCCGUGGUUGGCAUGAUGACGUACUGUGGUCUCAUGACUUAUUAGCAGCCACUUUUUUAAAGACGUGUAACAGCUUCAAAAUUCACUGGUGGAGUAUUUCCUGAUGUGUUUUUUAAAGUAGAACAAAAACGUGAAAGUCUUUUAGGCUUGUGCUAACCACCGACCUCAUUUAAAGCAUUUACCAAAAACCCAUUGACUUCCAGACGAGGGAACCAGGAGUGCAAAAAUGCUAACUUAAUUCUGGGUUUAGGAUUCAUUCCUUGGGCAAUGUUUUACCGGAAGGCUACCUGAAGUAAUGACCUCCGUAGCUCAUUCUGACUCCUCUGUUUGUCGAUAUCCAUCCAUCCAUUUUCAUCUGCUUAUCUGGGGCCAGGUUGCAGGGGUGGCAGGCAAAGCAAAGCACCCCAGACACCCCUCUACCCAGCGACGCUUUCCAGCUCCUCCUUGGGGACCCCAAGGUGUUCCCAGGCCAGAUGAGAUAUAUAAUCCCUCUAGCGUGCUCUGGGUCUGCCCCGAGGCCUCCUACCAGUGGGACAUGCCUAGAACAGGGGGUGCCCAGGAGGAUCCUGAUCAGAUGCCCGAACCACCUCAACUGGCCCUUUCUGACUCCCUUUUUGACUCUCUUCCUCAAUAUAGUGGAAGAGUAAAAUGAUUUUUACGAACACGUAAAAAGUCCUGUUAGCAGGGUUGGAGCCAGCACUGUUUAAGUCACAUCUGCCAUUGCAUGAAAUGUCGGCUCAUUUGUGACGCCUCACAAAGGAGAUAACGGUGCACACUCUGAUGUUACAAGCCCAAAACUCUUCUGUCAACACGUCAACACUGAAAGUGAAGUUCUUUACUCCAGAUGGAGUUUUACAAAAGGUCUGUUUUCAGUGACGUAAAAUGUAGUUUGAGUGAGGACGAAAGGCCAAAACACAUAAACAUGCUACACUUUCAAAUACACCCCUGUACGUGUGGACUAGGCCUGACUGUGACACAUGAAUUCACACCACUGUCCAACAGCAGACUGCACUGACAACGCUGAUCUUUGAGGGCACUAAGGCGGACAGUCCAAAAUGUAUUCUGAGCUCUUAUUAGCUGUGACGCAUCAUCCAGCUCUGUAUAACCCUGCUCUGCCAGAGUAUGAACUGCUCCUCAAAGGAGAUGCAGUGUGAUUCGUUCAGAUGGAUGCUUAAUUUGCAUUUCCUUAAAUUAACUGUGUAAACUUUUUUUCCGGUUUGCGCUGCUAGACUCAACAGAUGGUAUCCAGGUCAUGAAACGCACUAUGUCAUUUACUAUUUUACUAAUCUUCCAGCACCAGUUAUUUUGCAAGAAUAACUAAACAUCUGCCUCCUGGUGCAGCAGAGCAUCACGGUCACACUUUUUCUUACCUUUAGCAAUUUGAUUUUUGAAUCACCGUGCCAUUCAUUCAGUGGAGUCUUUUGUUACCUCGUAUUUGUAAUUAGGAAACAAAUGAAAAGAAAGAAAAUGAGAAGAAUUAGUGUUACAGGGCAGAGGACCUCAGAGCAGUCACUGAAGAAGAGAUGCUGUGAACCAACACUGGAAAAUGUGAUUAGCCAGAAUCUAUAGCCCGUUAUGUACACAUAAAAUAUAUUUAUUUCUACUGCUGUAUGCACUGUAUUCUCUCUUGCCUCUGUGCCACCUCACUGAAUUACUGAUGAAUCUGAGUGUCUUAGAUUAGCCUAUCAUUAUGUGUGACUUAUAAUUGUUGUAAAUAAAUGUUAAA